AUGACCGCUUCAGUGGAGGACCCCUUGGAGAAGUUCUACUUCGAGCCCGAGGAGCAAACAAUUUGUGGCCAGCCUGUCAGCUCCAUAACAGAUAGCUUCGAUGUAAACUAUCCCAGCGUCGUGGAUCGCUUCUUCACCAGAUACUACUACUUCAAGGGCAAGGUCCCCUACCAAGUACUAUACCACUCGAAUCGCAUAUGUCUUAUUUGCCUGGCUCCUGGCCAUCCUGCUUUUACCCAAGGCAUAUCGUCGGUUAAUUUCGACGUUGGUAACGUAGACAGAAGCCAAAAUGUGGUAAAAGGCAAGGCCAAAAGGGGUGGAAUGAUACUCCAAGCGGAAUCCACUCUAGCCCUGCUCACCACCGAAAACGGAGAAACCUACAAGGUUCCCAGCUGUAUUCGCGGAAAGCUGGUUGAGGUAAACACUGCUUUGGUGGUACAGCCGAAGCUUCUGGAGCAACUUCCCGAAGGAGCUGGUUACUUUGCCAUUCUUCUCCCAAAAAUCGAGAACUGUGAUGCUAUCAAGGCGAGUUUGUUGACUCAGGAGCAGUACGAAGAGCGUUUAAAAAUUAAGGAAGAAGUGGAUACGUGACUCUGGUGCAUCAUUUAGAUAAAUCUAUUUUGGUUGUCAAUUCUAUUAGACUAACUUUUUUCUAAAAAGUACAUUGUUUCUUCUGAACUCAUGGCCAAUAUUGAAUCAGUUUGACAUUUAAUAAUAAAAAGUAUCUUUGAAUUUAAUAUAACAGAA